AUGUCGAGCAUUAACGACCAAAACAAGCAUUGCCCGAGCACGAGGGACAAAGAAAAGCGUGCAGAAGUCAGGGCCUAGGGUCCGUGGUUGGCGGAGGCGCCUAAGCACCACGCACCACGCACCACGCACCGCCAGUGCCGUGUUAUAUCCACACAUGACACAGGGCGCCAAAUCCUCUCCCGCAUUGCCGACGGGAGUCGGCAACACGGUGCAGUCCGUUGUUGGUGGUGGGAAAGCAUGUCUACAGCAAUACUGCUGUUCGAGGUCCAAACUGCUCUGAACGAGCCGGCCGCCUGAUGGUCCAGUGGUCGCCUCAACAAGAACAGCAGGCCAAGGCACACAAUCGGGAGUAGUCGGGCGCAGCAUUCCCGCGGCAUCUCAAUCUCAGCAAUCCACAUCAUUGGGGUCCAGCUGCUUCCUAAGCUGGCGAGCCGCAAGUCGGCGAACAUUGAUAAGGGAUAGUUUUAAGGACGGUGGCGCGAGAAUGUACACCAGCAUCCAGACCGUAUUGAAGGACAUGAACGCCUGGCUUCGUCGAGUGCCUAUUAGCAAAAAGGCGACUUUUGGGACAGGACUUGCUUCACGAGUCCUUCCUCGCGCAGGUCAUGGCGCCCUCGUCGCCAUGCCUCCACCAUACUCACAGAGUAUGGGAAUCCCGAGAUCAUGCGCUUCCUCUCCCCAUUUGCGGACGGGAAGGGCAACCUCGUCGUGAAGAGACCCUGCUCGAAGACGUGCACUUCGACGUUGCCGACCUCGGGCCUAUUCGUCGACGACAUGAAGUGAUGGCUGAGUGUUGUGAGCACUCAUUCCUUCUUCAUGAAGUUGAGCUUCCGCACGGGGUCGCGAAGCUGUUGGGAAUACUCUCGGGCGUGGCGCUUUGUGUGGCGGUUGAUUAUGUCCCAGCCGUAGAUUGCCUAUGGUCAGGGUAUUCGUCAGGUUCCAGCCCAAUAUCGCGAUGCGGUGGUUUAUUUCUGCUAUUAUAUCCAACCGGUAGGCACGUGCGCAAGUUGGAACGAAUAUAGUUGAUAUUUCGUCCGGCAGGGGGGGAGGGCGCAAACAAGCAUUGCGUGUGGACGGGAAAGAUCAUACGGUACGCGGUAUUUUUUUGCCAUUCGUGCAGCACAUAUAUUGCAAAGAUUGCCGGCUUGAGCGGGAUGGAGAAGAUUGCAACUGCUUGAGUCCCGUUUUCGAGAGGACAAGGGAGGCUGCCUUUAUCUGUGAUGUGCAUCGUGUUUCCUGGCCUUGUGCUAUUUUAUCCCAUGCUUAAAAUGUCGGGUACUGUCCCAGCAAAAGCAAGACGUAUCGGUAGUCAGUCGUGGAUCAAAGCGGGUACAGAACGCGCCACCACUAAACCUUUUGUUGGUCGAUGCUUGUUCUUGUUUUGUCUACGGGGUACCCCCAUAGCGACUGUAUAGGUUUUAGUGUAGUCUUGCUUGAGCACCUGAAAACUUAGGUUUUGGAUUAUUUAGGCUCAAGUCCUUAAUUAAGUGGUGGCGCGUUCUGCCACGACACGAGACGUUGAACAUGAACGCAACAAAAA